CUGUGAAGGGAACCUGGGAGACCGGAGGAAUAGGAGCUGGCGGCGGCAGGAGAUCAGCGGCUCCCGCGUUCGUCCGACGCUCAACUAUAGCUGCUUCCAGGCAGUGGUGGUGGUGGUGGUGAUGAUGGCGGCGGCUGUGGAGCGAGGAGGCGUUCGGGCUGCUUUCCUGAACCCGGGCAGCGGCAGCGGCGGACCUGCACCGACGAUGCCCCCGACCGGAUCGCUGGCCGGGGCUGUGGUUCUCGGCUCUGGAUCCAGCAGUAUCCCCGUGCCCAUGAACCUCUUUGCGACCUGGGAGAUUGACCGAUCAUCUCCAAGCUGCGUUCCGAGGCUGUGCAGUCUGACACUGAAGAAGCUGGUCGUCCUCAAAGAACUGGAUAAGGAGCUGAACUCACUUUCGAUAGCCGUCAAAAUCCAGGGCUCGAAGCGUCUUCUGAGAUCAAACGAGUACGUCCUCCCUCCCAGCGGACUGAUGGAGACCGACCUGGAGCUCACCUUCUCACUACAGUACCCACACUUUCUAAAGAGGGACGCCAACAGACUGCAAAUCAUGCUGCAGAGACGGAAGCGUUACAAAAAUCGAACCAUCCUGGGCUACAAAACGUUGGCUGUGGGAGUCAUCAAUAUGGCUGAGGUGAUGCAACACCCAACAGACGGGGGACAGAUUCUGGGUCUCCAUAGCAACGUGAAGGAGGCCCCGGUGCGUGUGGCAGAGAUCAGCGUGUACUCUCUGUCCAGCCAGCCCAUCGACCACGAGGACGGCAGCGGGCAGGCUUGCCGCAAGACCAAAACCUCAGACCGCUCCCCUGACAUGGAUAAUUAUUCAGAGGACGAUGAUGACAGCUACUCGUCGGAGCAGGAGGCCAGUGAUGACGCAGUUAAUACCCAGGAUAUUUAUGAUGAAGAUGACGAAGUCCGGAAACCCAAGAAACCCCGCAGGAAAAUGAUCAGAACCACCUCCAUGACCAGGCAACCUAACUUUAAGCAGAAAUUUGUUGCUCUGCUGAAGAGGUUCAAGGUUACUGACGAGGUGCUAGACUCUGACCCAGUAGAUCAGACCCAGGAGGUUGAGGAGGAUCUGGAUUUGCUCUACGACAGUCUGGAGGUGUACAACCAGAGCGACAGCGGGCCAGAGAUGGAGGACAAUGAGAGUGUACUGAGCACUCCAAAGCCUAAACUCAAGCCGUUCUUUGAAGGAAUGUCUCACUCCAGCUCCCAGACGGAGAUCGGAAGCAUACACAGCCAAAAAAGUCAGCAGAGAGAAUUAUCCUGUCCUAGCGGAGACUUUCUGACUGUGGACAGAUGUAAACUCCAGGGGAGCCGAUAUCAAGAUGACAGCAUCACAGAAACGUCUGUUGGGGUCCAGGAGCCAGAGUCGGAAAACAGUGGAUCUGGAGUUGGGGAGGCUAAUAGCUGGGAUGUCAACACAGAACGGAUCCCAAGCACCGUCGGCAAGCUCUGCAAAACGGAGUCACAAAACCACAUGUCACCCAGUAAAGUGGAGAACAGGCUGCAGAGGCGUCCUCGCAGCACCUCCAUGAAAGAUAGACAAAACUCCAAGGCUCAGAGCGACAGGACCAGCAGCAUGGAGAGCGAGUGUUCCCCAGACUCCCGGCUUAUAGCGCAGGUUCCCAGAAAGUCUGUGUACGACCAGCUAAACCAGAUCCUCAUCUCAGACGAACGCUUGCCAGAGAGCAUUAUUCUCAUAAAUACUACAGAGUGGCAAGGACAGUACGUAGCCGACCUGCUCAAUGAACAGGGCCAGCCCAUUGUCUCCACGUGCUCUGCUGCUGAUGUGCAGGCUGCCUUCAAUACCAUCGUUACACGCAUCCAGAGAUUCUGCAACUGCAAUGCUCAGACCCCACCGACAAUUAAAGUGGCCGUUGCAGGCGACCAGAGUUACCUCAGCACCGUCCUGAGGUUCUUCGUGGAGCAGCUCGCCAAUAAAACCCCAGACUGGCUCAGUUACAUACGCUUCCUCGUUAUUCCCAUCGGUUCCCAUCCCCUGGCGAAGUAUGUGGCCUCCUUCGAUAGCCGCUUCAACAACAUCUUCAUGGACACGGCUUGGAGGGAGCUGUUCUGCAGGACGGAACGGCCCACGUCAGACAACAUGGAUGUAGCAGGACGAAUUAUUCAGUAUCUAGCCGGUGCCAACGUGUCCCACCAGUUCCCCAUCUCAGAAGCCAUGCUCACCUACAAACAGAAGAGGAAAAGAAGUCUGUAUUUUGAUUUUUAUAUCAGCCCGGACGAGGAUUCCUGUCAGAAGUUUGUGCCAUUUAUUGGGGUUGUCAAAGUUGGAAUAGUGGAGCAAAGUCUUUCGACCUCAAUGGAUUCUGAUGAUGCGAUGGGAGGCAAUACCAGCAUCCUGUCUUCCCCACCGCCCCCAUCGGCUGGCCCGUAUGGGAAGGAGAUUGGGAGUACCCCACCGCAAUCUCCCUCUGUGUCCACUGCCCUCUCAGGAGCCGGCUCUCCGUGUUCAGGCAGUGAGGUUAUGGGGCUCCAGGUGGACUACUGGACCUGGCAAGGCUCGGAGAAGAAGAAAGAGGGCGAGAAGAGGGACGUGGGAUUGAAGAACACUCUCAAGUGCAACUUCCGGUCGCUACAAGUCAGCCGCCUGCCCUGCGGAGGGGAACUCACUCCUCCACCCAGCAUGGCCAUGACUGUGGUCACCAAGGAAAAGAACAAGAAAGUGAUUUUCCUUAGCAAGAAGCCCAAGGAGAAAGAGCUGGACUCUAAGAGCCAAGUGAUCGAUGGUAUUAGCAGGUUGAUCUGCACAGCCAAGCACCAACACACAAUGCUGAGAGUCAACAUUGAUGGCGUGGAGUGGAACGAUGUGAAGUUUUUCCAGCUUGCUGCCCAGUGGCCAACGCAUGUCAAGCACUUCCCGGUGGGAAUCUUUGGUUACACAAAGCCGGUGUGACCCCGCCCGGCCACCGUCCGGUCAAGUACCAGACUCUCAGCUGCACUUGUCUUACCCAGAGGGCAAAGAGAAUGAUAUACAAACCCAACAGGGCCCCCGGAAGUAAAAAGUAAAAGUUUUCCUGUGGAAAUCUUACAGACUUAAGACCACGUGUUCAGUAUACUACAAUUCAUGUCGUUUGUUUGAUGUUUUUGAUGUUGUUGGGUGUUGCUGUUUUGGUUUUUUUGUUUUCUUUCUUUUUUUACACACUACAAAAAGAACAAUUUUGUAAGAUUUGUGGAUAUUUUGAGGUUUUUGACAAUUUGCCACAUUUCAGUAAUGGCAGCUGUGUUUGCACAUUGAGUUUUGUUAAGCAUUUUAUUAUUUCUGUGAAAUCCUACAUUUAUUGUUACUCUAUAGACAAUGGAGGAGUGUGAUGGUGACGUGCAGUGGCGUGUGUGAGAUUGUUACAGACCGUGUUUGUGUUUGCUGUUGAAAGUUGGAAUAUUGCUGUGAAUCUAGAUGGGAUCCUUCUCUUCUAACUCGGCUUUCUUACUUGUCCCUUUAAUUUUUUGAAAAUCUUUUGUAGGAAGGAGCGCAAAGUUCUUGUUGCCUUGUUGCUUUGAAGCACACUAAAGCAAAUCAAGACAAAAAAAAGACAUUGGACAUGAAUGUAGCUAUGUUAUAUUUGUUAACUGUCGGCAUUGGUGAGUGCAUUCAGACUGUACAGUAACAACCACUUAGAAGGAGGGUAAACAAAAUGUUAUUUCAACCCUGAACAGCUAAACACCAAAUUUAGUUGCAGCUGAACGACUCGUGUUGUAGUUUCCAGACAGGAGUUUCUCUGGCACUUUUCAGGAUGCAAAAGCAUUUAUCUAGUAAUCAUAACCACCCUGCUGCAUUCGACUAGAUUUACUAAGUUAACCUGAAGUACUUUAGCUAAUGCUGGACUGUGCAGUGAUGUGCCAAAGUUGGUUUUUACGGACUGUCCACAAGAGAUCUUUCUUUAGCCAAAAUUCAGAUUGUGUGAUACUCAAAACUGAAACUGUGCAUUUAAUGCGUCUGUGGUCCCUGUGGAGAUCAGUAUUAAUAUUACUGAAUUACUAAUUUAGACUUAUAUAAGUGUUAACACUCCAUAUUUGGUCAAAUGUCAACUUAGAUGAGUGCAUGUCCUAACCUAGCAGUUACAGUUGUGUUUUUGAGUACAGCUCCACCGUGGCUGGUCGGAGAAAAACUGCAAAGAUCUGGGGUUUAGUGUUGCGCGAGGGAGAGUUAUACAGUGCCAAGUAUUUGUACUCUGACUUUUUCGCAUUACGCUACAUUGCAACCACAAACUUCAAUGUAUUUUAAUGGAAGCCGCCCCAGAUUCCUUUGCUUUUAGCUAUUUGAUAAGAUCUAUUUCCUGGGUACAGUAGCUACGGUAAAUAAAUUGGGUCUUCUUGCUGGAUUGUGACCCUCUACCACCUUUUAAUAGCUUGACCUUUACCAGCCUUCCUCUCCCUGUUGAAGAAAAGCCUUCCCAAAGUACAAUGCUCCUACCACCAGGUGUCAUAAUGGGGAUGAUGUGCUCA